AUGGACGUUGAGUCAGGAAGAGAAGGAAUUUCACAUUGGCAAAUGAUCACCGACCAGGGAGUGGUCACCCGGGAGAUCAUCAACUACGACUACGAGGGUGCGGGAACAGAGGAGGAUCCCUAUGUUGUCGAGUGGAUCGACAAUGACCCAAGGAACCCCAUGACCUGGGCCAAGUCGAAGAAAUGGAUCAUGGCCAUUGCCGUAGCAAACUCGGUCCUCGUCGUAUCAUUCUGCUCAUCUGCCUUCUCUGGAGGUAUCCAACAAAUCAUGAGGGAAUUCAAAGUUAGCCAAGAAAUCGUCACACUCGGUGUAUCACUGUUCGUCCUGGGGUUCGCACUCGGACCCCUCCUGUGGGCCCCCUUUUCGGAAUUAUAUGGUCGCCAGCUUGUCUUCGUAGGAACAUAUGCCGCUUUCAUGGCAUUUAACGCCGGUGUUGCUGGCGCGGAUUCCAUCUACUCACUGCUCAUUCUCCGAUUUUUUGCCGCUGCCUUUGGAUCCAGUCCUCUGACCAACGCCGGAGGUGUCAUUGCUGAUCUCUUUACCGCCAACGAGCGAGGUGUCGUCAUGAGCAUCUUCUCUGCCGCACCCUUCAUGGGUCCAGUCUUGGGUCCCAUUAUCGGUGGAUUCCUUGGUAUGGCUGAAGGAUGGCGAUGGGUUAAUGGCCUCAUGGCAAUUUGGGCAGGUGUGCUUCUCGUUGCUGUAGCCUUGCUGGUCCCCGAGACAUAUCCUCCAGUCCUGCUCCGAAAGCGUGCCGAGAAGCUCUCCAAGCUCUCUGGCAAGGUUUAUCGAUCCCGCGCCGACAUUGAACAAGGAAAGGUCUCGCUUGGAGAGGCAUUUGCUACUGGUCUCAAACGCCCCUGGAUCCUCCUCUUCUGCGAACCCAUCGUCCUGCUUCUCUCCCUGUACCACGCCAUCAUCUACGGUAUUCUUUACAUGCUUUUCGGUGCUUUCCCCAUUGUGUACCGUAAGGGACGUGGCUGGAAUGAGGGCGUCAGUGGAUUGCCCUUUGUUGCCGUCGCCAUUGGAAUCGCACUCGCCAUUACCUACGUCAUCACCAUCGACAAUAAGAUGUACAGGAAAAAGAUUGCUGAAUCCGGUCGUGGAUUUGCCGCCCCCGAAGCUCGUCUGCCCAUGUGCAUCGUUGGUGGCAUUGUACUUCCUAUUGGCCUUUUCUGGUUCGCCUGGACAAACUCUCCUUCUCUGCCAUGGGCUAUUAGUGUUGUCGCCUCCAUUCCGUUCGGAUUUGGCAUGGUUCUCAUCUUCCUGUCAAUCAUGAACUACCUCAUCGACUCUUACACCAUCUUUGCCGCGUCUGUCUUGGCCGGCAACGGUAUCAUCCGAUCGGUAUUCGGUGCUGCCUUCCCGCUCUUCACUUCGCAAAUGUACAGCAGCCUUGGCAUCCACUGGGCAUCAUCAGUCCCAGCCUUCCUUGCCAUUGCCUGUCUCCCACUCCCAUUCCUCUUCUACAAGUACGGAGCCCAAAUCCGCGAGAAGUGCAAGUACGCCGCACAGUCCGAGGCCUUUAUGCAACGCAUGCGCGACCAACACGCCGCAAAGGCAGCACGACAGCAGGUUGCUGGCACCGAAUCAGAAGACACAUCUCGUGCCAACACCCUUACACCACAAGAAGAAGCCGAGGAGGAAGCGCACAUGGAGGAGCCCAGGUUCCAAGAGAUGAAGACCGAAAAGGAGACUGAGGAUGCUGAUGGUCUGAAGAGGGUUCAUACUGGACGCUCAACAAGGAGCAGAAGGACAGUACGCGACCUCGAGUUCGACUCGAACCCAUUCGACAUUGAUCGUGUCAACACAAGAGAGAGCUUUGCGGGCAGGCCGCGAGGCAACAGCCGGGCGAGCACCAAGCGAUAG